CCAGAUCUGUUUCCGGGGUGGGCUGUAGGUGGUAGAAACAUUCGCCCUUCGUGCACUUCCGGUCGGAGAAGCGGGACUUCCGGGACUGAUUCUUAUGACCUCUUUGCUGUUGAGCUCUUUCCCUCCCGCCCCGGUCUCCGCUCUUCUGCUCUAUGGAGCCUCACGGGCAGGUAGAGGGAGAGUCCCAUCGGCCCGGCCAUGGCAGCCCAGGCCAGAGUGGAGUCAAUAUGAAUUACGUACCAACGGAAGAUGAAAGGAGAGUCUUCAGAGAAUGCAAUCAGGAGAGCUUCUGGUACAGAUCCGUACCGUUGUCUGCUAUAAGCGUGCUGGUCACUCAGGUGCUGAUCAAGAAAGGAGUUCUUACCACACAUUCAAGAUUUGGCGCUCUUCCAAAACUUGUAUUUGCUGGCUUAUGCGGCUACAUCGGUGGCAAGCUUUCCUAUAUGAAGGCAUGCCAAGAGAAGUUUAAGAAACUAGAGAAUUCACCACUGGGAGAAGUUUUGAGACAACGCAAAGUUUCACCUGAAUAUUACUCUCAAAAACGAGACUUCUCAAAUGUGCCUUCCUCAUCCCCUUUUGAAACUCCUCCAGCAGCAGGACCACCCCCUUCUUCCAUGUACUCUGGGGACAAUCGUGGAAUGGAAUAUUCUAAAUCUAACUAUGAACCAGUCCCCUUCAGUUCUUCCAUGAAUGAAUCUACCCCUACUGGAAUAACGGACAGUGUCCCUCAAGAACCUGGUCCAUUACUUGAAGCCAGUCCAAAGAGAAAAGGAAUCACGUAUGAUGAAUUGAGGAGCAGAAACAGAGAGCUAUAUGAAGCAGGAAUAACACAGAAGUCAGAACUUCCACCAAAGUCUUCACAGGAAAGAGUUUCAAAGAAAGAAGUUAAAGUUAAUAAGUAUGGAGAUGCUUGGGAAGACUGAAAACCUUUCUACUUCUAGAAGACCUCUCUUCAAUCAAGUAUUUCAGCUUUAUCAGUGUUGGUCAAAGAUACCUGAAUAUUCUGCUGUACGCUUUGAAAUGCAGAGAACUGUAAUAAAAGAAAGCCAACUAUA